UACGUUUAUUUUUCGACUUUUGCCCAGCGGUUAAGACGCAGCCAGCAGAAACACCAGAAGACAUCAACCAUGAGCUCGAGCAAGAUUGCCCUCCUCAGUGUGUCGGACAAGACGGGACUGCUCGAUUUGGGCAAGAGCCUGGUGGCCCUGGGCUUUGACCUGGUGGCCAGUGGAGGCACUGCAAACGCUUUAAGAGCAUCUGGCCUUAAAGUAAGGGAUGUCUCUGAGAUUACCGGAGCCCCGGAAAUGCUGGGUGGCCGUGUGAAGACACUGCAUCCGGCCGUGCACGCUGGAAUACUUUCCCGCACCAGCGACUCCGAUCUGGCUGAUAUGCGUAAGCAGGGCUACGAUCUGGUCCAACUGGUGGUCUGCAAUCUAUACCCCUUUGCCAGCACCAUAGCCAAACCGGAUGUCACGCUGGCCGACGCUGUGGAGAACAUCGAUAUCGGUGGAGUAACUCUGCUGCGGGCAGCAGCCAAGAAUCACCAAAGGGUCACGGUCAUCUGCGAGGCGGUGGAUUACGAGCGAGUGCUGGCGGAGCUGAGGGCUUCGGGUGAUACCACGCUGGAUCUAAGACAAGCCCUGGCCCUCAAGGCAUUCACCCACACGGCCAGCUAUGAUGACGCCAUCUCGGACUACUUCCGGAAGCAGUAUGGAUCUGGUGUGUCCCAGUUGCCGCUGCGCUAUGGCAUGAAUCCCCACCAGAAGCCGGCUCAGCUGUAUACUCAGUUGGCCAAGCUGCCACUUACGGUUUUGAAUGCCUCGCCGGGAUUCAUCAAUCUGUGCGAUGCCCUCAAUGGUUGGCAGUUGGUUCGUGAACUAAAGCAAGCCUUGCAACUGCCAGCAGCCACCAGCUUCAAGCAUGUGUCUCCCGCGGGAGCGGCUGUGGGAGUGCCCCUUAAUCCCGCCCAGGCCAAGCUCUGCAUGGUGGACGACCUGUACGAGCAGCUGACUCCGCUGGCUACCGCCUAUGCCCGUGCCCGUGGAGCCGAUCGCAUGAGCUCCUUUGGCGACUUUGUGGCCCUGUCCGAUGUGUGCGAUGUGGUCACUGCCAGGAUCAUUUCCCGCGAGGUGUCCGAUGGCAUCAUUGCCGCUGGCUACGAACCAGAAGCUUUGGAGAUCCUGAAGAAAAAGAAGAACGGUGGAUACUGCAUCCUACAGAUGGAUCCCAACUACGAACCCUCUGCAGUGGAGCGCAAGACCAUUUUCGGCCUGACGCUGGAGCAGAAACGCAACGAUGCCGUCAUUGGCGCCUCGCUCUUUGCCAAUGUGGUGACCAAAAGUGGUCCUCUGCCGGAGGCGGCUGUGCGGGAUCUGAUUGUGGCCACCAUAGCCCUGAAGUACACGCAGAGCAACUCCGUCUGCUAUGCCCGUGAUGGCCAAGUUGUGGGCAUCGGAGCCGGCCAGCAGUCGAGGAUUCACUGCACCCGUCUCGCCGGCGAAAAGGCAGACAACUGGUGGCUGCGCCAGCAUCCCAGCGUGGCCGGCAUGAAGUUCAAGGCGGGCGUGAAGCGGGCCGAGAUCUCCAAUGCCAUUGACAACUAUGUAAAUGGAACAGUUGGCAAGGACAUGCCUCUGUCGCAGUUCGAGGGAAUGUUCGAUAAGGCUCCGGCUCAACUGACCAGCGAGCAGAAGGUGGAGUGGUUGAAGCAGCUCAGCGGCGUGGCCCUGGGAUCCGAUGCCUUCUUCCCCUUCCGUGACAAUAUCGAUCGCGCUAGUUUGAGUGGAGUCUCUUACAUUGCCAGUCCUGCAGGAUCGACCAAUGAUGCUGGUGUCAUUGCCGCCUGCGAUGAGCAUGGCAUCAUAAUGGCCCACACUAAUCUGCGAUUGUUCCACCAUUAAAUUCUAUCUUGCUUUUGGAUUCCAUAAAAUUCAAUUUAAAUUUGAGCUUCGCAAGUCGAAUACACCUUUCAAAUAUUUAGCAUUAAUACAUGAGCCCAUUAAUGGUCUGCUAGACUUCUUCUUAUAAACUUCUUAUAGGUUUACAAAGUUUCUCAAGGUGGUCUACAUAAGAAAAGACAAUUUAAUAUUACACUUUUAUACGAACUAUUUUUGAUAACCUAUUUAGUGCGAUAAGAACUUUUAUAGAUAUACAAAACUUUGUUAAACCAACCCCAACCAACUGCCUUAUAAUCAUUCCAAGCACAAUAAAAAUCACUUGCCUUUAGUUAGUUAAACGAA